AUGUAUUCUCCCAAACGGGUCAAGUUGAAUCUAACAAACGGAAUGAGGAAACGACCGGAAACGGAGGAGAAUCGCGGAGAGCUCUAUCCACCGACAGCGAUGGCACGCAACGGUAUCAGUCCGUAUUUCAUCGGGAAGCCUCGACGGAAAAUCGUGGGAGAUCAUAAAGCUUCAGAAGCAGGUCCACCGCCUCCGUUCCCGUUGAAACCGAAACGAAAAGAGCCGGAUGACGAUCCCGAAAGUAUUGUUAUCGAUGAAGACGACGAGGAAGACGAACCAGCACCUCAAGUCGAGAAGCGAGAGCCUAAAAAGACCCACAACCGCCCGUUUUUCGGCGAGAAGAGCAGUCUAACCGCCACGGAACUAGAAACCGCGAAAAAAGAAGAGGUCGUCAAGAAAAAGGAUCCGUUCACAAUGCGAGGAUUCGACUUUGGAAGCGACGAGAAAGUCGUCAAAAUACGCGACAAAAUUUGUGAUAUCGUUGAUCCGACGGGCGCAAGAAGGUCAGAUCCGGCGUUUAUUCAACAAAUGCACAGUAAUACGUUGAAAGGCAUCGAGGUGGCAACGAAUCCGAAAUUUAAGCAGAAAAGAACCGCUAACAACAAGAAUCGAGCAGCUAUCGGAUCUACACUGGGCACUAUAUAUCCAAAUUUCCUGACCGCCAGUGGCCAAGAGCCGCAGAAGAGCAAGUUUCAAAUUCCACUGGACCGUCAAUCCAGCUCUCAAUCCAACCACUCCCAACCGAUUCGAAAAACGCUACCAGAGAUCCCAAGACGAUGUUCCAAUUCGCUGGUUAAAAAAGCGAUGGGGAUGGAUACGGAUGGCGGGGGGAAGGAUGAGAGAAUGGAUGGAUUGAGGUCAGAGCCCACGCUGAAGCAUUUCGAUGAGAAUAUUAUCUCGUUGAUCGAGUCGGAAAUCAUGUCGGUGAAUAAUCAAAUCGGAUGGGCUGAUGUGGCUGGGUUGGAGGGCGCGAAGAAGGCGUUGAAGGAGAUUGUCGUGCUGCCGUUUCAGAGACCUGACAUCUUCACUGGACUCCGUGCUCCACCGAAAGGCGUCCUCCUUUUUGGACCACCUGGAACCGGAAAAACAAUGAUAGGACGUUGUGUAGCAUCCCAAGCUCAAGCCACCUUCUUCAACAUCUCCGCAUCCUCAUUAACCUCGAAAUGGGUCGGUGAGGGUGAGAAACUGGUCCGUGCGCUGUUCUCAGUGGCUCGAUUGAAACUCCCCAGCGUUAUUUUCAUCGAUGAAAUUGAUUCGUUGCUAUCGGCGAGAUCAGAAUCAGAGCAUGAGUCUUCUAGAAGGAUCAAAACGGAGUUUCUGGUUCAGCUGGAUGGUGUGAAUACUGCUCCGGAUGAGAGGUUGUUGGUGUUAGGAGCCACGAAUCGACCACAAGAAUUGGAUGAAGCGGCGAGGCGAAGAUUUCAGAAGCGAUUGUACAUUGCCCUUCCAGAACCGGAUUCUCGUACACAAAUUGUUGAAAACCUGUUGCGAGGCACUCGUCACGAGAUCACGGAUCACAAUUUGGAGAAGAUUCGAAGGCUUACAGAUGGCUAUUCUGGAGCCGACAUGCGUCAGUUGUGUACAGAAGCAGCGAUGGGACCGAUUCGAGAGAUUGGAGAUCAAAUUGCGACGAUUAAUAAGGAUGAUAUCCGCGCUGUAACGGUCGCCGAUUUCACGGAAGCGGCUCGUGUCGUCCGUCCGACGGUCGACGACUCCCAGCUGGAUGCCUACGCAGCCUGGGAUAAGAAGUUCGGAUGUCUACCACCGCCACUUUGA